AUGGCUUUGUUUACAUGCCCAGCCGCUCCGGCCAUGCAUCCCGAAAUAGUGAAAACAAUGCCGGCUGAACAAUGCGUACACGCAUUUCGAAGAUUUAUAAGCAAACUUAACAAACUGAAACACAUAAUUACCAACAAUGCAAAGGAUCUUAUAGCAGUAGCUAAAGGAUCUCUAAGAAGAGCCAUCGGUACAAAGCUCCUUAACAACGGAGAAUUGAUAACUUUAGUCACCGAACUUGAAGUGAUUAUCAGCGAAAGACCCUUGGUAGAUCUGGAAGAGAGACUUGAUUACCUAUGGAGAAUAUGGCAAGAAUACACAGAAGAACUGAGGAAACGAGCUCAACGCAAACAACGAGAGCGUCGUAGCCGAAUUCGACGAGAACCUGAAAUUGAUCAGCUGGAAUACCUGGAGAAUGAGAAAAGUCGACAGGUUCGUAAGGAGCAGAGAUGGGAUACGUCGAUCAGCGGUUCAGUAGGACAUCUCUAUCGUUUGGAGGUCUCCGACCAAGGACCAGGUCCGGAUAAAUCGCUCGCCUCAUGGAUAGUUUUGGUGGAAUCGCGAGGAGAAGCAAUGAAUCGGUAA